GAACUCACCACUGCUAUACAGAAAUAGAAAGCGCUAGAAAGGACAGGGGGUACGAAAGAUUAUCUGCUGCUCGAUAGAGCUGUAUGUUAUAUGAAUAAAUCAUAUUCCUCAAAUCAUACCUGGCCAGUCAUAUUCAAGACUUCCAUCAGACUCAUCCGAGAUCACAGACCAAAGCCCUAGGAAAAGUAUAUUUAAUUAACUGGAAGCACAGGCAAUUGAACUACCUAGCUAGCUGAACGUAGUUGGGAGGGAGGGGAAACGCACAACUUAAGAGAGAGGGAUCGUGGUUCAGCAGGAAAUCUCGACGGAUAGUGACUAGUUUAGCGGGAGAAAAAUUGCUAGCUAAGUUGUACAAGGGAAUGGCACUGGACUUUGUUGCAGGAUGCAUCGGAGGUGCUGCUGGUGUUUUGGUAGGACACCCCUUUGAUACUGUAAAGUCAAGGUGGACUCCCCACGCCACUAAAAAAACAUAUCAAACGAAAUCUUGCUUCGGCAAGAGCAGAGAGAUGGGUGAAGGGCAGAAGGUGCAUCUGUGUUCACGUCGUCUUCCCCGUGAACGUGGCAUUGCAUGCUUAGUGUUUAGUCUGAGACGCCAGAAGAGUGUCCGUGUAUAUAAUGUGACAAUCAUUUGACACACUGAACAGUGAGUGCGACUGCAUGAUGGGUACUCUGUGCUCAGCGGCUGUUCAGUACGUUCGGGGGGGGGGGGGGGGGGGGGGGGGGGGGGGGAUGUGCAAGCUCAGUUUAUUUUUCCAGAUCCACACUAUGAACAACUAAAUGUUCUCAAGCCUUUAAUCUCCUGCAUCCUUCCACUGCCUCCCCCCCCCCCCCCCCCAAAUAAGUCACAAACUAACCUUCUAACCCCAGGAUGUGUGCAGAAUUCAUAGAAAGACAGUCAUGUCUGUUAAGAUGAACUGCAGCUACCCCCACUUUCCCUGCUCUCUCUUCUCUUUCUAUAACCUUCUUAGGGAUUCUGUAUGUUUGAAUGCUAUGUUUUGUUAACUCCAGGAUCCCCCUGUAUACAAGAUGCCACACCCGACUUGCCGAUGAAAGUGAGGCUUACACUACCUCUUCACGGAAGUGUUACCUUGUGCGUCUACAGGUGCAAAAUGUGGACAAGCCUCUAUAUCGGGGGACUUUUCACUGCUUCCAGUCCAUUAUACGGCAGGAGUCUGUGUUGGGGCUGUACAAAGGCAUCGGGUCACCUAUGAUGGGCCUAACGUUCAUCAACGCCAUCGUGUUUGGCGUCCAGGGCAAUACCCUGCGGCGGCUAGGCCAGGACACGCCGCUCAAUCAGUUCCUGGCAGGGGCAGCGGCCGGGGCCAUCCAGUGCGUCAUCUGCUGUCCCAUGGAGCUGGCCAAGACACGCAUGCAGAUGCAGGGCACAGGCGAGAAGAAGUCUAAGAAAAAGCUGUACAAGAACUCCCUAGACUGCCUGGUGCGCAUCUACAACAAGGAGGGGAUGCGGGGCAUCAAUCGUGGCAUGGUGUCCACCUUCAUCCGCGAGACGCCUGGCUUUGGCGUCUACUUCCUGGCCUAUGACAUGCUGACGCGCUCGCUGGGCUGCGAGCCCGAAGACCCGUACAUGAUCCCCAAGCUCCUCUUUGCCGGUGGCAUGUCGGGCAUCGCCUCCUGGAUCUCCACCUACCCGGUGGACGUCAUCAAGUCCCGCCUCCAGGCCGACGGCGUGGGCGGCGUCAACCAGUACAGCGGCAUCGUGGACUGCAUGCGGCAGAGCUGGCAGAAGGAGGGCUGGCGCGUGUACACGCGCGGGCUCACUUCCACGCUGCUGCGCGCCUUCCCCGUCAACGCCACCACGUUUGCCACCGUGACUCUGUUCCUCAUGUACAUGAGGGGUGACGGGGGGGCGCUGAAGGAAUGUGAGCCCGCCCCUCAUACGAUGCAACAGCAGGCACAGCCCUCUAGCCUGUGACUGAUUCGAGUCAUGGGUCCCACCCCUCCUCCCUUGCUCACUGAGAGCGCCACCUUCUGUCCAGCAGUCGCCAUGGCCUGCAUGAGAGAACCCAGCAUGGACAGGCUUAUUUUUAUAACUUCUAUAUGCAGAGUGAAACUCUAUGCAUGUAAAUAUAACAUGCCCCCUUCGGUUUUUAUUUGCUUUAGUUUUUUUUUUCCUGUACAAAGCAAGUUAUUUUAUUUUAUUUACGGUUUUAGUUCCUUACUUUGACAUUUAGCAGUAAGGAUGAGGGAAAAAAAACGCGAUCCCCCCCCCCCCCAAAAAAAAUGGUUGUCAGAUAUUAAGAAGUUCGACACUUCUUGCUUAAUAAUCUCACGAGUUAAAGAUGCUCUUUGAGGGUGAGUCUGUGCUGGAUUGAUACACUGAGUCUCAGUGUAUCGUUAAGGCCAUUUGCUGCUGUAGUACACAGCAUCUCCAGGGGCUUUCCAAAGGGGACAAGGACAGAAUAAUUAUUAGUAAAACUGAAAGUCUGUCAUCCCACAGCUGUCCACAAGGAAACUGCACCGCCCCCCCCACGAACACUGGUACGCAACGACAUUCCAGCGUGGGGGGGGAAUUGCCAGGAGUUUUGCUGGCAUGUCGCAGCCCGUUUCAUCAGGGUCGUCUUCUCCGAUGAAACCGCCAGUAGUAAGAAUGCACCGAGGUGAAGUGUAAAUGUCACCCGGCUGGCAUAGGGGUUAGUGAAAUACACCAGGUAGGUUCAGGUCAGUGGAAAUAGGAGGAGGAACAUCGCUGACCCUGUAGAGCAGUGGAUCUCAAACUCGGGUCCCACUGCUGUGCUCGUUUUCCAGCUAUCCCUGCCCCACACAAUCCCAGCUGUCUUUCAGCUUCUGAUUGCUGAUUACCUCAAUCAGGUGUGUUCAGUCAGUGUGUGGGGCAGGGAUAGCUGGAAAACAAGCAGGGCAGUGGGGUCUGAGGACUGAGUUUGAGAACCACUGCUGUAGAGGGACACCAGGCAGCGAUUUACAAACUGAAGUUCUUUAGUGGCAUCAGAUGGAACCUACAGCCUGUGAAAUGAAUGUUUUUAAAUUUGAGGUCCUGGUCAUGUGUGAAUGUAUAUAAUGUCCAUGUUCUGGGCACUAUGAUCUCCCACCUUUCAUUGUUAUUUUUGACGACACUGUGCCCUGUAUUUAAGUUUGUGGUUCUCUCGAGUGGACUGUCAGAAUACAUUAUUUAUUUCCCUGGUUUCCUCGUCUCCCUUAGUACGGAUUUACCAUUGUUAAAGAUUAUCAAAGCCUUCCACAUUUCUCACAUUAACUGCCUUUUGUUCAAGACAAUAAGAGGGCAGAGUCUGCAAAAGCAAUUGGAGCGGGGGGAUCUUGGAUUUCGGUCAUUCCGCAUGUGGGUGACCUCCCUUCCAAGCCAAAAUUGUCUGGUAGGAACGUUCUGAGGAGAACGGCUUAAGUUUCCUGAGCGACGCCGCUCGUUUGGGGAACGGUGCAAUAUUUACGUCCGUCAGUGUUUUGUCUGCUCGUUUGCGUGUUUUUGUUCUCGUGUCACACAAAAGGGAAAAGCUGUUAUUUUUUUAAAUCGUGUAACCAGGAUACUGGCGCUGUUUCCUGUGGGGUUUGGAACCCAAGAUGCCUCCUGCUACAGAGGUUUGUAUGUUACUGGACAGGCAUGACUACUGAAAGCAAUCCAUUGUAUAAUAUUAAAUAAGGGCUGAAACUAUGAGGCAAUCUUUCUUGGUAAACAAAAGUAGGCACGUCAGGUUAGACAGCUAUGCAGUAACCUGAAAUGGUCAACCUGCCUUUUACCAAAGAAAUAAAGAUACAUCUAAUCCUG